AUGCCACAAACCAUAAGGUCUAUAUUCGGCAAGCCAGGUCGAAUUGUCAAGCCUCUAAAGCAAUCACCGCCUUCUCGUCAACGUUCUGACUCAACUCCGCGAAGAGCGACCUCCAAGUCCAAGCAUCAAGACAAUGAUCUAUUCUAUGACAAACUCGACGACAUCGGCCUAACCAAGGCUUUGGAGCAAGAACUUACAUUACGAGAUGUCGUCCAAGCGAUGCGGUACAUCCGUGCUCGGAUGUUCAGUCCCGUGCCUCAAGCAGGUUUCAACUCAACACGAACUGCUGAGAUUCUCAACUACCGCGCGACAACGGCACCUCUAGUUACCGUAGGCCAUCUCAAUGCUAUUCUUAGUUCACCAGGGAAAGUUGAACGGGAACUUGCAGAAUUAGCGAUGAAUGGCGUAGUGCGCAGAGUCAGAGUUGAGAGACGCGGAGGAGGAGGAGAAGCCUUGAUAGAGAUGAUGGACUACAAUGAGAUGCUAGACAAAGCGCCACUACAUGAAGUGACGAGGAAAUCAUUCAAAGCCUUUCUGAAAGAGAACCCAACUACGCAGAUACUGUAUAAGGGUGCACUGGAGAACACACAGGCCGACGAGCUUAUUCGUGCAGGCUUUCUGACAAGCUCAACGCCCUCAGCACCAGAAAGUACUCUCGAUAUUCGGCCAGAAAACCGAACGACGCUGACAUCCAUUCACCAUGUCUCACGGUUUGCUUCAGGCACAGCUUCUGCUGUGGGCGGCCACAAUGCUAUUCAUCUUGCUGGUGGCGGUGGAGGCGCCCCAACACUUACACGCUUAACCUCAACACCAUCUGGCCUCCGAAUAUCAGUCCCAGGUCAUGGCCGGCAUCUGAAGCUGGCGACCGCUACCGUGGACUGGGUUCGAGACUCCCUACGGCGAACGCGUUGGGGAGAAGGGCCAGAGAGCUGGUUAAAAGAACGCUUUGAAGGUGGUGGGCUUUAUGGACCGCGGUGGAAGGAUUUCUGGGGAGUUGAAUGGUACUGGGUCUUAGGAGAAGCCGUAGGGCUGGGCGUCGUGGAAGUUUUUGAAACGGGAAGCGUAGGAAGAGGAUUGAGAGCAUUGGGAGGUUGA